AUGUAUUUAAUGUUUGUAUUUGACCUAAAGCUUAAAUUGAUUAUGGAACCGAAUCCCAAGCUUCGAACGCGGCAUUGCUUUGCUAAUACAUAGACGAGGAGAGUCGACUCUUUCUUUUUUUUUUUUUUUUUAGCUCCGUUUCGAUUCAAUAACAAAACAGGCUGAUCUGUCAUAAGCAGCAUGAUAACGCACGUGAGCUUCUGAGUCUGUGGGGCGCCAUGCAGAGACGUCACAGCAGUAACACAGAUGGCAUGCCACCCGAAAGAAACAGGAGUCAAACGCUCGGAUCCGAGAGCAGUCUGGAUGAAGGAGGUGUGUUUGAUUGUUUAAAGCCCGAGUCUCCGACCUCGCCCCAGCAGCUCUUCUCAGGCCUGGUGGGCGUGUCAGCCGGUGCCAUGACCUCGACACCUUUCCAGGCCGCUGGACUCGUCCUCGGGUCUCCACCUGAGGUCUUCAUCCAGAUGACCACUUCGUCACGGGAGGAAAGCUCUCACCGGGCAGAGAAUGCAGCAUUUCUUCCCCGCCCUGCUCAGCAAUAUCAUCAUCACCACCACCAUCAUCAUUUCCACCAGUCAGGCCAGCACCGGUCCGCCUUGCUUCAUUCUGCGUCCUCGGCUGAGAGACAUAGCAGGGACGACGGAGGAGAUGAAGCAUCUUCUCCAGCUCCUGCUCUGUCUGAGCUGAAAGCUGUUGUCACCUGGCUGCAGAGAGGAUUCCCCUUCAUCCUCAUCCUCCUCAUUAAAGUUUGUUUUCAGCACAAGCUCGGCAUCGCUGUGUGCAUCGGCAUGGCCAGUACAUUUGCCUUCGCUAAUUCCACUCUGAAGCACCAGGUGUCGCUGCGGGAGGACAGGUCCAUCUUCGUCUCUCUUUGGAUCCUGUCGUUUCUAGGAGGAAACAUCGUGUACGUGUAUUACACGUUCAGCUCUGAGGAGCUGCACAACAGCCUGAUAUUUGCGAAGCCGAACAUUAACAGUUAUGAUUUCUUCGACCUGAUCUGGGUGGUCGGAAUCACCGACUUUGUGCUGAAGUACUUCACCAUCGCUGUCAAGUGCCUCGUUCUCUUCUUACCCAAAAUCCUCCUGGCUUUCAAAUCAAGAGGAAAGCUCUAUCUGCUUAUCGAAGAGUUCAGUCAGCUCUUUCGCGCUCUGGUGCCCAUCCAGAUGUGGUACAAGUACAUCAUGGGCGAGGAUCCAUCCAGCAGCUACUUCCUUGGUGCAGUGUUGAUUAUCAUAUACAGCCUGUGCAAGUCGUUUGACCUGUGUGGACGAAUAUCAGGAAUUCGGAAAGCCUUCCUGGUGCUCUGUAGCUCACAGAGUUACGGUAUUAGGGCCAGCACGCAGCAGUGCAGUGAGGCAGGAGAUGUGUGUGCAAUCUGCCAGGCUGAUUUCAGAGAGCCAGUCGCUCUUCUCUGUCAGCAUGUGUUUUGUGAAGACUGUCUGUGUCUGUGGUUCGACCGGGAACGGACGUGCCCCCUGUGCCGAGCGGUUGUCGUGGAAACGCCACGCAGCUGGAAGGACGGCACCACAUCUGCACACUUCCAGAUCUACUAAUCCAGAUGUGCUGAUACACUCUUCUUAAAGGUCCCUAGAUACUGACAGUAUGAUUAUUUCAGACGAGUAUAAAAUGAUAAGAUUUGUCUUCACACUGGUAGAAAAUCAUAUUCCAGGCUGUCAGAGUGGAAACGGCUGGAUUUCUGAUCGCUUCCUGAAACCCCCAUAGAAUCCCCGAGUCCCAUCUCACAGCCUGGACUUUCUCUCUAUCUCUCUCUCUUUUUUUUUUCUUCUUCAUUGAUCGGAUUGAAAGUUGCUCUGUUUCCGCUGCAUCAGCACUUAUUCCUGAUAUAAAGAGCGUCUUAGAAGAAAUGUUCCUGUUUAUCCUCUAAAAAGCUGAAUCUGUUCAAUAAUAUUUAAACGCAUGACGAUGUAUUGACUGUGUUCAUUUUUACUCAAAUAAAAGUGACUUUCAGUAACAAAA